CGAUUACAGAUUACUAACAUGUCACCGGUUAGUUAAUAUUGGUUUUAGUAUCUGUGCGUGUUAAUUAAACGCUGAAACAUGUAGGUCCAACAUUAAAUUUUGAGCCACCGUCAAAGCUCGUAAAAUUGACAGACUUAAAAGUUAUUGUUCGCUAUUACGAACGGCGCCUCGAUCGAGAACGAUGAACGACAGAAUUUUAAGUUUUACUGCCGCGAACAACACCCAACUCAAUAAUGUCACUUCAAGAAAUAUCACCUCCAACCUCGAAACGAAUGGCUACGAGAAUAUUAUAGACAACAAAUUUAUACAAGGAGUAUUCUGUGUUAUUUACACGAUCAUUUUUGUACUCGGUCUCCUAGGUAACCUACUAGUCUGUUUCGUUGUUUUACGGAACAAAGCAAUGCAGACUGUAACAAACUUAUUCAUCACUAAUUUAGCACUUUCAGACAUUUUACUGUGUAUAUUCGCAGUUCCUUUUACGCCCCUUUAUUCGUUUCGCGGAUCGUGGAAUUGGGGUUCACUUUUAUGCCACGUAAUGCCUUUCGCACAGGGUUGUAGCGUAUACAUAUCCACUUUGACUUUGAUGUCUAUUGCUAUUGACAGAUUUUUUGUAAUAAUUUAUCCGUUUAGACCUAGAAUGAAAGUUGAAACUUGUAUCACUGUAAUUAUUAUGAUAUGGACCUUCGCUAUCACCGUGACUAUGCCUUACGCGAUAUAUAUGACAUACUAUGAUUUGGAUAUCGGAAGAUUUUGUGAAGAGACUUGGCCAACGGAGAAACUGCGACGUGUAUUUGGAUCCGUGACGUCAAUAUUACAAUUUGUCUUACCAUUUAUAGUGAUAGCAUUUUGUUAUACUUGCGUUAGCUUCAAGUUGAAUGAUAGAGCUAAAGCAAAGGCAGUCAGUAAGAAUACGCGUAAAGAGGAAUUUGAUAAAAACAGAAAACGUAGAACUAACCAAAUGUUGAUAGCUAUGGUGACAAUCUUCGGUCUGUCUUGGCUCCCACUGAAUGUUAUUAAUCUUUGCAACGAUUACUACAUCUACGCUAUUCACCUCAAGUAUUACUUUUUAAUCUUCUUCAUUGGUCACGUGAUCGCAAUGUCUUCGACAUGUUACAAUCCGUUCAUCUACGCUUGGAUGAAUGAGAACUUUCGUAAGGAGUUUAAGCAGUUGAUUCCCUGCAUAGAUACUUCGGCACAAUUCAGGGGCAACAUACAGAUGGAACAGCUGGGAGUUGGUCCUUCAGAGAAAACGUUUAAUGGUACGAAUACGACGACUGAUAGCUACCUCUCCAGUUCUACAAGACCCGCGUCGUUCAGACACAAGAGGAAACCAAGUGCCGCAGCAGAUGUGGAAAAGAGUGGUGUGGAACUGAACGAGGAUCUUCUUACGGUGGACGUGAAGCACUGCCAUAUAUCCACUAGUUAUAACCUGAGGAGGGAGUCGGUGAAAUUAAGGCUAAUUAAUGAGGAGUCAUUCGAUGGAUCACCGUCACAAAGUCAGUUCUAACGGUUGAUGUCGCCGGUCCAGCCAUAGACAAGUUCAAAUCGAAACAUAAAAUAAUGUUUGAAGAAUACCUAAUAUUUUUGGAUUAUGUAUUUUUAUUGGUAGCAACUCCUAUGCUACUGGUUU